AUGAUAGCUGCAAACAAUUUAACAGGAGAUGGAAUACAGAUGAAAACACUCGAAGAACUAGUUUGCUCCUCUACUUUAACAAGUGGAUCACAACAACCAUCAAUUCAUCUCGCAGUGCUAAAUAUAUUUCUCUCCCUUACUGCAAUUCUUGGAAAUUUUUUAAUCCUAGUUGCUCUUGGCAAAGAAUCUUCGCUUCAUCCGCCGUCGAAACUUUUGUACCGUAAUCUGGCGACUACCGAUCUAUUGGUUGGCCUUGUUACCCAUCCUCUCAGUGUUACUUAUCGGAUUUCUUCAAUUUACAAACAAUGGAAUCUCUGUCGAUACGCAAGAAGCGCCGGCUACUUAUCAAGCUAUGCACUGUGUGGAGUAUCUUUGUUGACAAUGACGACCAUAAGCGUUGACAGACUUCUUGCCCUGUUAUUGGGGCUGAGAUACAAACGAAUUGUAACUUUGAAGCGUACUUAUAUAAUAGUAGCUGCCGUUUGGGUUUCGUCUGGUGUUGCUGCUCUAUGCUACAUUUUAAAUAAACGUAUAGUCUUUUGGUUUUUAUAUAUAAUUGUACCGUUAUGUUUAGUCAUCUCAAUCGCCGCGUACACAAAGAUUUUCCACACUCUCCGUUAUAACAAGGCACGAGUACAACAACAGUCGAGACAACCAAAUUCAUUGAACAUUUUGCGAUACAGAAAAGCAGUGCACAGUGCACUGUCCGUGCAGUUAGCUCUAGUUGUUUGUUAUGCACCAUAUAUCAUAGCUGAAAGUGUGACAGCUCGUAGAAAAACAUUAUCAUCACAUAUAGUUGUAAUCAGAGGGACAGUAGUAGCCUUACUUUAUUUUAACUCCACCUUGAAUCCAUUUCUUUACUGCUGGAAGAUAAGCGAGGUGAGAAAAGCGGUAAAGCAGACAAUAAGACAAUCACUUUGCUCUUCAUGA